CUGAUCUGGACCGCGACACCGGAAAUAGCGCGUUCGGCCGUGCCGGCCGAAUGUCGGACGCGCCGGUUAGAAAAAGUGAGUCGCUUCCCUUUUACGUGAGACCGGUGCGCGAGCUGCAGCAGAAAUCGAAACCCAAUGUCGGUAUCGUCCUCCGGAUCGCUGUGCUUCUCACGGGCCGGCUUCCGGUGCCUAUAAGAUGCGCCAUGGCGACUGAGGCACAGCCCACUUGAGCACUCGCUAAAGAGGACGACGGUUACGCUCUGCUGGUCGACUGCUGACUGGGACACACACGAAAUCAACAUGAACGCCUGGGUCCUCCUCAUCGCCGCCUGCUGCGUGAUAAGCGGCGCACACGGCCAGUACGGUCCCGUGCGGGGUCACUAUGGUCCGGCGCUGGCGUUUGCGCCCGCGGCUGGAUUCGCCGGUGCCGGAGGCCCGUACGCCGCAGGCCCGUACGCCGCAAACCCGUACGCCGCCAGCGCAGCAGCAGCCGCGCUGGGCGCGGGCGCCGGAGCCACGCAGCUGACGCUGGCCCCGCCAGCAGCGGUGUUCGGACACGCCCACCACCAGCAGGCCUUGGCGCCCGGCUUUCCAGCGGGCGCUGGUUACGGUCUUCUGGGCGCUGCAUACGGCGCCCAGGGGCCAUCUUCGGUGAUCGUGAGCCCCGUGUUGCACCAGGACGGCGUGGCGGGUCUCAUGCCCGCCGGCGCGCCCAACUUCGCCGCCCGGUCCACCGUGACCCACUACGGCGGCGGCGGCAGUUCGCAGAUCACCCGGUACCAACCCACCAGCUACACGCUGGGCGGCGCGUCUGCCGGCGCUACUGGGUCCAGGACCCAGUACCAGUCGGCACAGCUGACGGCCGCGCCCGGUUCCACGAGCGCUCUGUACCGCGAGCCUAAACAGCUGCCUUCUCUGAGCUCUCUGCACCAAGUGCAGUCGGCCGCCGCUCCGGCUGGUGCUACAGUCACGGUGCAGGAGGUCGGGCAGUCGCAACUGGGUGCCUUCGGCGGCUACGGUGGUGGAGCGGCGGGUCUCUUCUCCGGAUACGGCGGAGCCUCGGCUGCGGCUGCGCCCAGGACGGCCAGCUACGGCUACGGAGCCGGCCUAAGGGCUUACUAGUGAUGCAAGCCGCCAUUGCCAAAGAGACGUGAAGAGGACUGUUUACGGCAGUUAUUUAUUGACCACGGACAGAUGCACUGACCAGCACCACCUCAGAUCGACAUUUGGACGAAUUUGAGUGUGAAAACCGGCGCUCUGCUGCUGCUGUUGCUGUUGCUGCAGCUGCUGCGUAACCGUGAUACUGUGAAAAGAAAAAAAAACACGCAUUAAACCUGACAUUCUCAUGACAUUCCAAUCUUACUUUCAAUUCUUAAAGUUAUAGGUUGCAAGGAGAGAACG